GGAAAGAAGGCAAAUUCUGAACCAAACUUGUUAAAUUUUGUAACUUUUUUCAUCAUUUAAUUGGUUUUUGGUUUUGGUAACAAUGAGAAAAAAAGUCACUAAUAAGGUCUCCGGUGUUAUUUCCCGCCAAGUUUUGCCUGUUUGUGGCAAUCUUUGUGUCUUCUGCCCUGCUCUGAGGGCAAGGUCAAGACAACCUGUUAAGAGGUAUAAGAAGCUCAUUGCUGAUAUUUUUCCUCGUAAUCAGGAGGAAGGACCAAAUGAUAGGCAAAUAGGAAAACUAUGUGAUUAUGCUGCCAGAAAUCCUUUACGCAUACCAAAGAUCAUGCAGGUCCUUGAGCAAAGAUGCUACAAGGAGUUACGAAACGAGAAUCUCCAUUCAGCUAAAAUAGUGAUGUGCGUUUACAGGAAAUUUUUAUUUUCUUGUAAAGAGCAAAUACCAUUGUUUGCGAAUAGCUUGCUAAGUAUUAUUCACACGCUACUAGAUCAAUCACGUCAAGAUGAAAUGAGAAUUAUAGGAUGUCAAGUUUUGUUUGAUUUUGUAAAUAAUCAGAAUGAUGGAAGCUACCUAUUCAACUUAGAAGCUGUUAUUCCGAAACUUUGUCUAUUAGCCCAAGAAACAGGGGAUGAUGAAAGGGCAAGAACCAGUCGUUCAACUGGUUUGAAAGCACUUUCAGCAAUGGUUCGAUUUAUGGGUGAAAAUUCUCACAUGUCGGUUGAAUUUGAUAAUAUCGUUUGUGUUGUCUUGGAAAAUUAUGAAAUUCCCAAGGACAAUUUAGCAAAUACUGAUGAUGAGGAAAAAGGAGUCGAGAAUUCGUGGGUCGAAGAUGUUAUGGCCGAUGAGGAUGAAAACUCUCCUUUGCAUGAUGUCAAAACGAGGAACCCUUCGUGGACGAAAGUUGUUAACGAUAAAGGCGAAUUGAUUGUAGCAAUGGAAGAUGACAAGAAUCCCGCAUUUUGGUCUGGGGUUUGUCUGCAUAAUAUGGCCAACUUAGCCAAGGAGGGAACUACUAUACGUCGUGUGAUGGAAUCUGUAUUCCGGUACUUCGAUAAUGGAAACUUAUGGUCUAUAGACCAUGGCCUUGCCAUUUCUGUUUUGAAGGAUAUAUUAUUUUUGAUGGAUGAUUCGGAGAAAAACACACAUGUGUUGCUAUCAAUGUUAAUUAAGCACAUGGAUCAUAAAACUGUCCUUAAAGAACCUCAUAUGCAACUUGACAUUGUUGAGGUCACCACUUCACUUUCCCGAUAUGCAAAGGUCCAACCUUCUGUAUCAAUAAUUGGUGCAGUGAGUGAUAUGAUGAGACAUUUGCGGAGGUGCAUACAUUCUUCCUUAGAUGAGUCAAAGAUGUCCCCCGAUGAAAUAAACUGGCAUAAGAAUUUCAGAAGAAUUGUGGAUAAGUGCCUUGUAAAGUUGUCAAAUAAGGUUGGAGAAGCAGAGCCGAUUCUUGAUGUUAUGGCUGUGAUGUUAGAGAACAUCUCAGUUACCACAUCAAACUCUAGAACCACAAUCCAUGCUGUAAAUAGAACUGCUCAAAUUGUAGCCUGCUUACCUUAUAAGUCAAAUCAGAAUAAGGCAUUCCCUGAGACCUUGCUUCAUCAAUUGCUCCAGGCUAUGGUCCAUCCAGAUCAUGAAACACGAGCAGUAGCUCAUCGUAUCUUUUCUGUUAUUCUUGUGCCAGCCUCUAUGUUUCCUGGUCCAAGCUUGUCUAUUUCUGACCGCAAGCCAUCAAGUGUUCCACGAACUCUCUCACGAGCAGUCUCUGUUUUCUCUUCUUCAGCCGUCUUAUUUGAGAAGUUAAGACUGGAGAAAGGUUCAAGUGAAAAAUCAAUUCAGUAUAAAGAAAAUAAUUCUGGAGAGGUUGACUCAACUAAUAGCAAUGGUGGGAUCGUAAACAAGUUAAAGUCAAUGCAUAAUCGGGUGAAUAGCAUAAAUAAUCCUCCCCUACAAUUCGAAGUUGAUGAAAUUGCUGCAAAAAAUGAUGAUAAAAACUCGAUGGUUGCUGCUCUUAAGCUGAGUAGGGUUCAGAUAAAUCGAUUACUAUCAUCAAUUUGGGUACAAUCUAUAUCUCCUAAUAAUGUGCCUGCAAAUUAUGAAGCAAUUGCUCAUUCAUACACUUUGAUGCUGCUUGUUUCAAGAGAAAAGAAUUCAUAUCAUGAGUUACUGGUUCGAAGUUUUCAACUUGCUUUUUCUUUAUGGAAUAUUUCUCUAAAGGAAGGGUCAUUACCACCAUCUCGUCGAAGAUCACUCUUUACUCUGGCUACUUCAAUGAUUGUGUUUUCUUCAAAAGAAUACAACAUUGACCGUCUUGUCAAAAGUGCCAAAGGAGUGCUUUUGGAUAAAAAGAUUGAUCCUUACCUUCAAUUAGUUGAAGAUUAUAAGUUGCAAGUUGUCAACUUUCCACCAGAAAGUCUAACCAUCAUCUAUGGAUCUAAAGAAGACGAUGAUAGGGCCACACAAACGCUUUCCGAGUUAUUGGGUUCUAUUAACGAAACACGAGAAAUCUUUGCUUCUGAAAUCAUUAAGUGCUUGGAGAUGUUUGCAAAAGCUGAAUUAUCUUCAAUUAAGGAACAACUGCUGGAAGACUUUGCACCGAAUGCUAUAAGUGAACUUGGAUCUCAAUUAACAGUGAAUAUGGCCACAACGGGUGCUUUAAUGGCUGACGACUUCACUUUUGAACCAUUUGAAAGUCAAACUAAACUAAAUCAUGCUUUAUCCGUAGAGGUCCCUAGUCUUCUAAGUGCUAAUCAACUUAUAGACCUAGCUUCGGAAACACCUAAUCCAGCUGGGAGGAUUUCUGUAUCAACCGCAUCUUUCAUGCCAUACAAUGAUAUGGCUGAUAAGUGUGAGGUGCUUUUGAUGGAAAAGCAUAGGAUGUCUAGAUUGAUGAGUGCCCAACAAAAGCAAGAUAGUUUAGAGGACUCUCUUCUGAUGAAUCAAAAUAACGUAUUGAAAAACAUGGAAUCCUCUAACCAAAUGGAUUUCCAGAAGGUGGGCUUUCCUCCCUUUGAUGAUAAUGUUGGUGUGGAUUUAUACAGAGGAACUUCUGGUGCUCUUCCAAUGUUGUGUGCAACUGAAUAUCAAACUCUUCCUCAUUCUUUCCAACUUCCAGCAGCAAGCCCCUAUGAUAACUUUCUAAAAGCUGCUGGUUGUUGAUCUUGUAGUUAUGCUAAAUUACACACUUUACAAGCUAGUAAGAAAUUCAUGACGAAGGAAGUGAGCAGUGGAUCGCAAAGGGAAGGUUUCUAAUAAGAACUUUAAUUUCACUGGUGGACAAGGCAAAGAUAUAUCAAGAAAUAUUAGUAUUCUUAUUCUGAUCAUAUGUUCAAUUUUGAUACUUGAUUCUGUAUAAACUUUCUUUAUUAAUUGCUAUGUUGUCCACUUAGGCUUCAUACUAAGCAGCCGUUGUAAAAUGCAGAGUAUAAUUUCAGUCUGCAUUUUGUGUUCACUAUGAUCUAAUAUUUA